CAAAACUGAGCUCUGUUAACAUUGCUGUAAAUCUCUCCCAGUUUAGUAUUUUCUGUAGCACUGUAUUAGAAAUGAGUUUACUGGAAGGCUGCCACUGCUCAUCACCCCAUGGAGAGCUGGUUAAAACAUGCACCUGUUCAUUCAUUGAGUAACACUGGCACACCCAGGCCUGUUCUGUGUUAAACCGAUAUGGAUAUGAUCAUAUAUGUGUUUGUUUAUUCCCUCCUGGACUAUAAUUUAUUUUUGUUGACAUCUUUACAUCAGGUGAACUAUAAUGCUGCUGCUAAGUCUUUGACCAGGUCCCAACAACAGAUCUCAUAUCACAUCCAUCUUCUUCCUACUAGCUACUGACCAAAUUUAAGAUUUUUAUGACCACAUAUAAAGUCUCCAUAGUCAGGCACUUGACUGUACUGUAAAUUUACUGUGCCCCAUAUUUCUGGGUGGCCUCUUUGUUCCUCUGCAGGGCCUUAAAGGCUGCCCACUGGAAUAUAAACAAAAGUAUGCUUGCCUUCAGGGGCAUAAAUACAGCCGGCACUGGGGUCCAGAACAGAGAGCAGACCCUUGCAAGUGAAUCAUAUUGCCACCUCAGAACUUACAUCCUUGUUUUAAGAAGGAGUCAUGUUAAACUAAUUUGAUGCCAUUUGCUGCUCCCUCAAAAAGGCAAACCCAACUCAUGGGGUUCAUUUUGUUUGGUAAAAUAGUCAGUAGCAAUCUGUUGCAUAUGAACUAUAAAACUAUUCAAUUAAAUGAAUAAUGUCUAAUUUUCUUCGGUAUUUUUGUCAUAUACAGAUAGAAAAUAGUGAUUGCUGGCUAAUAUGUAUGCUGAUUAUCUAAUGUCAAGUCUCUGAACAACAGCUAGUUCAGGCACAAAAUCUGCUUCAUAACUCAUAACUAGUGUCCAUUUGGGCCCGUGUUAACUACUCUCAUGGACACUGAGGUCACAUCUGUCCAGGCUGGCACUGUAUUUUUAUGUUGUGUAUUGUAUUUGCAGAAUUUGACUGUAAUUUUGUUUUUAUGGCAUGCAUUUGUCACUUGAAGUAUAUGCAGGUACUUUGUUAAUGUACUUAUCUACCCAUGAUUUUCAAAGAUGUCUAAAUUUAUAAUGAAUGACCGCAUAUAGUGAGGGUCCGGGGCCCCUCUGGGACCCCCUGCUCCUGUUAAUGUCCCGUUCUGCUGUAUUAUUAUGGGUGGGGCGCAGCGGGGAAGCCCUUGGAGCAUAAAGGUGACUGUGCCUUUAAGAAGCAGCCCAGGCAGGGCAUGUUGGUUUUAUUCCUCGGCGCACCUUCUGCUCCAUCACCAGACGAUGCAGCCCGGCAACUUCUCCCAGCACCGGACCUGCCGCAGCACAAAUGAGAGACCCUGAACAACAACGGUCAUCUUCAUAGACAGGUAAUGGCUCCAGUGUGACUGUUUUCAUCACCAUCCUGCCCAGCUGGCCUGUCUAACUCCGUAGCUAUGGCAACUUGUCCAAGAGGCUGCACCCCAGUGGUGCACCUUUGUCAGAAACUGAACCGACUCAAGACACUGGAUGAUGACAUGAUGGCCACAUCGCUGAAACGCUGUCUCUCCACCCUGGACCUGACUCUGUUGGGGGUUGGUGGGAUGGUGGGCUCCGGGCUUUAUGUGCUGACGGGAACGGUGGCUAAAGACAUGGUUGGGCCCGCUGUCAUCAUAUCCUUCCUUUUUGCAGGUUUUGCUUCUCUACUGGCUGCCUUUUGUUAUGCAGAGUUUGGAGCACGCAUUCCCAAAACAGGAUCUGCUUACAUGUUUACCUAUGUCUCCGUGGGAGAGGUCUGGGCCUUUCUCAUUGGUUGGAAUGUGAUUCUGGAGAACAUGAUUGGUGGCGCUGCUGUGGCACGUGCCUGGAGUGGCUAUCUGGACUCUAUUUUUAAUCACGCCAUCCAGAACUUCACAGAGACACACAUUAUGCAGUGGAACGUGCCCUUCCUUGCCCACUACCCUGACCUCCUUGCAGCAGGGAUUCUAGUUGUUGCCUCGUUCUUCAUUUCCUUUGGAGUCCAAGUGUCCUCUUACCUCAACCAUAUCUUCUCCACUAUUAGCAUGGGUGUCAUCAUUUUCAUCCUGGUAUUUGGCUUUGUUCUGGCUGAACCAGCCAACUGGAGCCAGAAAGAAGGAGGUUUUGCGCCUUUCGGGCUUUCUGGAAUACUGGCGGGCUCAGCCACGUGCUUCUACGCAUUUGUGGGCUUUGAUGUGAUUGCGUCCUCAAGUGAGGAGGCAAAGAACCCACAGAAAGCUGUUCCCAUUGCUACUGCAAUCGCCCUUGGACUUGCAGCAACAGCUUACAUCCUGGUCUCCACGGUGCUCACGUUGAUGGUACCCUGGCAUACACUGGACCCCAACUCAGCUCUAGCAGAUGCUUUCUUCCGCCGUGGUUACAGCUGGGCUGGAAUUGUUGUGGCAGUAGGAUCCAUCUGUGCCAUGAACACUGUGCUGCUCUGUAAUCUCUUCUCCCUCCCUCGGAUUGUGUACGCCAUGGCAGAUGAUGGGUUGUUCUUCUCCAUUUUCGCACGGGUCAACCCCGUCACCAAAGUCCCUGUCAAUGCUAUAUUGGUGUUUGGGAUCCUCAUGGCCACCAUGGCCCUCAUCUUUGACCUGGAGGCCUUGGUUCAGUUCUUGUCCAUCGGCACCCUCCUGGCGUACUCCUUUGUGGCUGCGAGUAUUAUUGUGCUGCGCUUUCAGCCUGACAAAUCCAGCUCCAAGGGAACUGCGUCCACAACCCCCAACCCUAUUUCCGAGCCUUCCCCUGCCCCCUCAGAGUCUCAGACCAUAACUGAGGACACUGAGGAGCUGAAGCAGUAUGAAUCCUUCUCUGACAAACUCCAGUUGGUGGAGAGGCAGGCAACGAGAGAGCGGCGCGGGGUGGGGCAGCUGAAGGCCUACUGGGAACCAUACCUGGGCAAGCUGCUGGGGGACUGUGAGCCAGGUGAGGUGGUGGCCUUCUGCGUGCUGACUCUGAUUGUGAGCUCGGUCUCAUUCUGUGCCGUGCUAGAAUUUGGAACCAAGCAGCUGCAGCUGCCGCUCUGGAGCUUCACAAUGCUGCUGGUGAUUUUCAGCUUGGCGUAUGUUCUCAGUUUGGCACUCAUAUGGAUUCACGAGCCACAGACCAACAGCAAAACAUUCCAGGUACCUUUGGUUCCACUGACUCCAGCUGCCAGUAUCCUCAUUAAUGUUUUCCUCAUGAUGAAGCUCAGCCCUCUAACCUGGAUUCGAUUCACCGUAUGGAUCGCUGUAGGUCUGCUUGUGUAUUUUGGCUAUGGAAUCUGGCACAGCAAGGAGGGCAAGCGGGAGCUGCAGCCCAAAGACAUGGCCGCCCGGUAUGUGGUGUUACCCAGCGGCAGCCUGGUAGAGACAGUGCAGUCUGUCCAGCCCGAUGGACAGGUGGACACCUCGGCGCACCACAUCUCCCCCUCCACUGCCUCGACAGCCGAAGAGAGCGCAGGAAAGAGAUGAUGUGUGACCAAACAUAGUCAUUACUACUGCCUGGUAUUGUCUGUUGUCUCCAACUCAUACGCUUUAUUAUCACUAGUGUCCUCUAUGUGUCUCACCUCCUUUAGCGUGUGACUGGCCUGCCACAGUUUGUACUCGUUGCUCUGCUAAGCACACCACAGGAUGGGAUGCACGCUCUCUUGUCUCGUUGUGAAGCAUAUUUGUAUAUCUUGUAAUACUCGAAUGUACAGUAGAGAGCUUAAUACUGUCCUGUGAACUCCAAGCAUCAAAGUUAUAUCCUUUAAAAGACCAGCUCUUCUCUUGCAACCUUGCCAGUUUGUCCGAAUCCACGUGGUUAUAGGUUAUAUAUGGUGCUUUCUUUGUGACAAACUUUUAGUUAAGUAUACUCAGCGGAUGUUUUUUAUACGCUAACACGGAUCUGGAGCUGGAAAAUCAACAUUCACCAAAAUUGUCUUUUUUGUUUUUUGGAAGAUAUCAUUUUGAGCAUAUCAGCAUCGUAUGUUGCAUGUGGUUUUCUUUCUUGCUUUUUGUUUGUUUGAUUUUUUUAGCUAAGCGGAGGAAUGCACAGAUUUUUGUGAGUUUGUAUUUUUGCCUGUUUCUCACAUUCUUCUCCCAAAGCCUCAGGAGAAACAAUUAAUAGUUUGGAUCCAUCUCCUCCUUCUGGUACUCAUAGACUGCCCUAAGUAUAGUGGUUUCUGACAUAUUAUUUAAUCCCAUAUUCUAAGAUAUGUAUUUAUUUUUCUAGUAUUUCCAUUGUUAUUAUACUAUUAUACAGAUCUUUUUCCUGUUUCUGCCUUUUCUCUGUGUCACAGUGUCUGUGUUAUACAUUUUUUGCAUGUACCUCUGUUAGUCUUCAUCAUUAAUAUGUGUUCACCUUUUAAGUGGCUGCUAACUCUUCAGAGCUUCACUUAAUCUCCUAAAUCUGAUCCCAUGACCCUGUUCUUUUUUGUGUCACUGAUCUUGCUCUUGUGCAGUCUUUUUCUCACGCACACUCAGACGGCAGUCCUUUACCCCUUUCUCCCUGUUGGUACGAGAUUAGAAAUCAAAGCACAUAUAAUAUCGAGCUUUUAUUUUAUUGUGAUUUCCAGAGAUGACCUGAGAAAUAAUUAGAUUAUUGGAUAUAUAAACCAAGCACAAUCCUACUGAAUGGAAAUCUUCACACACAGGGUAGAAAACUGGUAUUCAGGCAGACGUUGGUUGUUAUGUUAAACCUGGGAUGUGCUCCAUCUCUGUCUGAGGCCUCCGUAAUCCCAGCAGAUUUGUAUUAGUCCAUGUUGCCAGUCUGCAGUUUGACCUAGAUUAGAGAAAGGCACACAUGUGAGAACACUCAUAUCAUACAGAUAACAUUCCCACAGCCUGCACUUGUAAACAGUGUCAGUAAGUGAACGUGAGGCUUUGUUUUCUAUUACAUAACGUAUGUAAAAAGAUCCCAAUGAAUUCUGUUUUUAUUUAUUUCAGUUUGUGUUUGCAUGUUACAUAAGGAACCGAUGGCCUUAAACGUGAUAAUGGAUGCAGACUGAUUCCCAAAGUUAAAGUUAUCAGUUUUAUUAAAUUUGUUGUUCAUUUAUUUCUCUGUGAGAUAAAACUCUUACACAGGACGUCAUGCUUUCUAGUUGUUAAACCAAAACACAAUCGUGGAAGAGAAUGUAGAGUAGGAGGCAUUCUGGCAGAAUUUCAGAGAAUUUUGUACAACUUUGCACACUGAAAACUAUUGUCUGGUGAUUUCUUUUUGUUUCACAGUUAUGCUUUGGAUGUCGGGGCCAGUGACAGAUGUUGAUACUGUGGUGCUUUUUUAGGCUGAACGUUCUCUCAACACUUUCUCUGUCUUUUUUGUGCCAGGAAGCACAGUUAUAAAUGAUCCAGUUCUUUUCUUACUUCUGAAUAGUAUUGUACUCUGUACUUGCACAUUAAGUUCUUGAAUCUUUCUGUUAUAGUGUAUGUCUGUACAAAAUGCAAAAGACUGUGUUAUGAAUUUAAAAAAUAAAUGUUUUGAAGCAGCA